CGGCCGGUAGGCGGCAGUAGGGACGCUCGCUCGAUUGUUGCAGGAAGUUGCGCAUGAAGGCUAGCUAGGCACCAUGGCGCCUCUGGAUUUGGAUAAAUACGCAGAGAUUGCAAAACAGUGCAAAUACCUCCCGGAAAAUGACCUCAAGCGGUUAUGUGACUAUGUGUGUGACCUUCUGCUGGAGGAGUCCAAUGUCCAGCCCGUGUCCACGCCUGUGACAGUCUGUGGGGACAUACACGGACAGUUUUAUGACCUUUGUGAACUCUUCCGAACUGGCGGCCAGGUUCCUGACACAAAUUACAUAUUCAUGGGAGACUUUGUUGACCGAGGGUAUUACAGUCUGGAGACAUUCACCUACCUGCUGGUGCUGAAAGCCAAAUGGCCCGACCGCAUCACGCUUCUUCGUGGAAACCACGAGAGCCGACAGAUCACCCAGGUUUACGGCUUUUAUGAUGAAUGCCAGACCAAGUAUGGGAAUGCAAAUGCCUGGCGUUAUUGUACCAAAGUGUUCGAUAUGCUAACAGUAGCAGCUCUGAUGGACGAGCAGAUACUGUGUGUCCAUGGGGGCCUCUCCCCGGACAUAAAAACCCUAGAUCAAAUCCGAACCAUUGAGAGGAACCAGGAGAUCCCCCACAAAGGAGCAUUUUGUGAUCUGGUGUGGUCGGACCCUGAAGACGUGGACACGUGGGCCAUCAGCCCCAGAGGAGCUGGCUGGCUCUUUGGUGCAAAGGUGACCAACGAGUUUGUUCAUAUAAACAACCUGAAGCUGAUCUGCAGGGCGCAUCAACUUGUCCACGAAGGCUACAAGUUCAUGUUUGAUGAGAAGCUGGUCACGGUGUGGUCGGCUCCUAACUACUGCUAUCGCUGCGGCAACAUCGCCUCCAUUAUGGUCUUCAAAGACGCUAACACAAGAGAGCCCAAGCUCUUCAGAGCAGUGCCUGACUCCGAGAGGGUCAUUCCACCUCGAACAACCACUCCUUAUUUCCUGUAAGCACAUCACAACCAAAAGAACCCGACCAUCUGUUCAGUGCCGGGAUGCAAACUGAGACCUCGGCAUCCCGAAGGAGCUUCGUAUUGUACAGUUAAGAGUAUUUACAUUGCAUUUCCAUGUGCAAACUAUCAAUUGUUAUUUCCACUUUGGCAUGUAAUGCCGUUAUUCUGCAGCUUUUGUCACACUGAGAUAUUGCGGUAAAAGCUCAGUGUCCCCGUGUUGUUGAGAAAGGAUUCAAGUGACACACAAAUGUUCAUAUUUAUAAAUCUGGAUUUUACUUUACUAUAGAGAUUCCCUCUGCUCAGCAAAUUGCAGGUGCAGUGUUAUAUAUUUUUUGUUAUGUAAUAUCAAAACGAUUGCAUCUAUUCUGACAAAUGACAGGCAACAUAUACACUUACUGCUAUGUGAUCUUAUAAAUAAAAGUGAGAGUUGAUGUCUGAAAUCUGACUAUAUCGAUCUGUUAGCUUUUUCCGUUUUCUGUGAUUUACCGAUUUGGUGUUGGUUGUUUUAUGAUCAGUAUUAUUUUCCUGUGUCCCCAUACUGUUUUUUUUAAAUAAAGAAAAUUGUUCAAAUGUGAA